AAAUUGUCAGCAGUGUUUUUGUUGCUAGUGGGGACUGUUGUGUUGUGAAAAUGGCGACGCCUCGUCGCUCCUCUCAGCAGCAGCCAAACUCCUUGCUGUCCUCUCCGCCCCGCGGCUCCUCUCUCCCUGUCACCCCGCCUGGCUCUCCGCCUGCACCCAUCGAUGAUGCCACCCCGCUUUCCCGCGGAGCCUCGGACAUGGCUGACGGUGAGGCAACCCCUGCCUCUCCCACCACCACCUCCCCAGCUCUGGCCCUCACCAGCAGCAGCAGCAGCAGCAGCAGCAGCAACAACAACAGUAGCAGCACUAGCAGCAGCAGUGCUAGCUCCCCGACCACCACCGAGGGGAGCGGGACCAGCCCCGGUUCUACGCCCGACUCAGGCAGCGGUGACGCGUGCAGCAGCAGCAGCAGCAGCAGCAGUAGCAGCAGCGGUGGUGGUGGUGCAAACGGGGCUUUCAGGGAGCUGUUUGAAGCCUGUAGAAACGGGGAUGUUACACGGGUGAAGAAAGUCGUGAAUGCGGUGAAUGUGAACGCCAAAGACAUGGCAGGACGCAAAUCGACACCCCUGCAUUUCGCUGCAGGUUUUGGGCGGAAAGAUGUGGUGGACCACCUGCUUCAAACAGGCGCUAAUGUGCACGCACGAGAUGAUGGGGGUCUGAUCCCGCUUCACAACGCCUGCUCAUUUGGUCACUCCGAGGUGGUGUCCUUGUUGCUGUGUCAGGGGGCCGACCCCAACGCUCGAGACAACUGGAACUACACGCCGCUCCAUGAAUCUGCCAUCAAGGGCAAGAUAGAUGUCUGUAUAGUGUUACUGCAGCAUGGUGCCGACCCCAACAUCCGCAACACCGACGGCAAGUCGGCCCUGGACCUGGCUGAACCCUCCGCCAAGGCCGUGCUCACAGGUGAAUACAAGAAGGAUGAGCUGCUGGAGGCGGCGAGGAGUGGAAACGAGGAGAAGCUAAUGGCCUUGCUCACUCCGCUCAACGUCAACUGCCACGCAAGCGACGGCCGCAAGUCCACUCCACUCCACCUGGCAGCAGGAUACAACAGGGUGAGGAUAGUUCAGCUGUUACUACAGCAUGGAGCAGAUGUUCACGCCAAGGACAAGGGUGGUCUGGUGCCUCUACAUAAUGCCUGCUCUUAUGGACACUAUGAAGUUACUGAGCUGCUGCUAAAGCAUGGAGCGUGUGUGAACGCCAUGGAUCUGUGGCAGUUCACCCCACUCCAUGAAGCGGCGUCUAAAAACAGAGUAGAGGUCUGCUCUCUGCUGCUGAGCCACGGGGCUGACCCGACCCUGCUCAACUGCCACAGCAAGAGCUCCGUGGACAUGGCGCCCACUCCUGAGCUAAAGGAGAGACUUACAUAUGAGUUUAAGGGCCACUCGCUGCUUCAAGCUGCUCGCGAAGCUGACAUGGCCAAGGCUAAGAAGACCCUGGCGCUGGAGAUCAUCAACUUCAAACACCCUCACACCCACGAGACUGCGCUGCAUUGUGCGGUAGCAUCGCCGCACCCCAAGAGGAAACAGGUGACGGAGCUGCUGUUGAGGAAAGGCGCCAACGUAAACGAGAAGAAUAAAGAUUUCAUGACUGCUCUCCAUGUAGCAGCAGAACGUGCUCAUAAUGACAUCAUGGAGGUGCUACAGAAACAUGGUGCUAAGGUGAAUGCCCUGGACACGCUGGGUCAGACGGCUUUGCACCGUGCAGCAAUGGCAGGCCACCUUCAGACCUGCAGGCUGUUGCUAGGAUAUGGGGCAGACGCCUCGCUGGUGUCACUGCAGGGAUUCACUGCUGCUCAAAUGGGAAAUGAAGCUGUUCAGCAAAUACUCAACGAGAACGUCCCGGUGAGAAACUCAGAUGUGGACUACAGACUUCUGGAAGCUGCUAAAGCCGGAGACCUGGACACUGUCAAGUCCUUGUGCACGGCUCAGAAUGUGAAUUGCAGAGAUCUGGAGGGGAGACACUCCACUCCCCUUCACUUUGCUGCCGGCUACAACAGAGUGUCAGUGGUGGAGUACCUGCUGCACCACGGGGCCGACGUGCAUGCCAAGGACAAAGGUGGUCUGGUUCCCCUCCAUAACGCCUGUUCGUACGGUCACUACGAGGUGGCCGAGCUGCUGGUCAGGCACGGAGCCUCGGUCAACGUGGCCGACCUGUGGAAGUUCACGCCGCUCCAUGAAGCCGCCGCUAAGGGCAAAUACGAGAUCUGCAAACUGCUGCUCAAGCACGGAGCGGACCCCACCAAGAAGAACCGAGAUGGUAACACGCCUCUGGACCUAGUGAAGGACGGGGACACCGACAUCCAGGACCUGCUGAGAGGAGAUGCCGCGUUGCUAGAUGCCGCUAAGAAAGGCUGCCUGGCUCGGGUGCAGAAGUUAUGUAGCCCCGACAACAUUAACUGUCGGGAUACGCAGGGACGCAACUCAACACCUCUGCACCUUGCAGCCGGCUAUAACAACUUGGAGGUAGCAGAGUAUCUGUUGGAACAUGGAGCCGACGUGAAUGCACAGGACAAAGGAGGGCUGAUACCUUUACACAAUGCUGCUUCAUAUGGGCACGUGGACAUAGCUGCACUGCUGAUCAAGUACAACACGUGCGUCAAUGCCACAGACAAGUGGGCAUUUACUCCCCUCCACGAGGCGGCUCAGAAGGGGCGGACUCAGCUCUGCGCUCUGCUAUUGGCCCAUGGAGCCGAUCCCACCAUGAAGAACCAGGAGGGCCAGACGCCGCUGGACUUGGCAACGGCUGAUGACAUCAGAGCAUUGUUGAUUGACGCCAUGCCGCCAGAUGCUCUGCCAAGCUGUUUAAAACCCCAGGCCACUGUGGUAAGUGCAAGUGUGGUGAGUACAGGUGCGGCAGGGGGCGUGGUCAUCUCUCCCUCUCCAUCCCCAUCCUGCCUGUCUGCAGCCAGCAGCAUAGACAACCUGACCGCGCCCCUCAGUGACAUCACUGUGGGCGGGGCCACCGGACCAGCAGACGGAGCAUCUGGGUCUGACAGGAAGGAAGGAGAAAGUACAUACACUCUGCUCGACAUGACCAUCAACCAGUUUUUGAAGAGCCUAGGGCUGGAACACCUCCGAGACACCUUCCAGCGGGAACAGAUUUCGCUGGAUGUGCUGGCAGAUAUGGGUCACGAGGAGCUGAAAGAGAUCGGCAUCAACGCUUACGGCCACAGACACAAACUCAUCAAGGGCAUCGAGAGGCUGCUGGGAGGCCAGCAAGGUGCAAACCCAUAUCUGACGUUCCACUGCUCCAGCCAGGGCACCGUGCUGAUCGACCUGGCACCAGACGACAAGGAGUUCCAGUCUGUGGAGGAGGAACUACAGAGCACUAUCAGAGAGCACCGCGAUGGAGGCAAUGCAGGUGGAGUCUUCAGCCGGUACAACAUCAUUAAGAUUCAGAAGGUGGUGAAUAAGAAGCUACGGGAGAGAUACGCACACAGACAAAAGGAAAUCGCAGACGAGAAUCACAACCAUCACAACGAGCGAAUGCUCUUUCACGGCUCUCCCUUCAUCAAUGCCAUCAUCCACAAGGGCUUUGACGAGCGACACGCCUAUAUCGGUGGCAUGUUUGGAGCCGGGAUCUAUUUUGCAGAGAACUCCUCCAAAAGCAACCAGUACGUGUACGGGAUUGGUGGAGGCACAGGUUGCCCCACCCACAAAGACCGCUCCUGCUAUGUGUGCCACAGGCAGAUGCUGUUCUGCAGAGUGACGCUGGGUAAGUCAUUUCUUCAGUUUAGUGCGAUGAAAAUGGCCCACGCCCCCCCUGGACACCACUCGGUUAUAGGUCGACCCAGUGUCAACGGACUGGCGUAUGCAGAGUACGUCAUCUACAGAGGGGAGCAGGCGUACCCAGAAUACUUGAUCACCUACCAGAUUGUGAAGCCGGAGAGUCUGGCCACGCCUGCUGCCACACCGGAGCAGAAGUCCUAAAACGUAAUUACGGCUGGAUUGGAAGAAGGCCAGACUGCAAUGGACUAGAGCCACUCUCUGGAACUGAACUAGAGGGUGUUUUUAAACCUCAGACCCUAAAUGAAAGUCUCCAGAGUUGAACUUGAGGUGGGUGAGGUGAACUGUCGACCCUCAGAAACAGACCUGGAUGUGUCUAAACAGGAGAUGAGAAGGAGGAUGAGUUUUGGGGUGUGAUACAUACCCAGUCCAAAGCAGCAGACAGCAAAAUCUAUCAGAUUCGUUAAUUAAUCGGGUCUAAUUUUGCAGGAGAAAAUGCAAAUGGUUAGAUCAACACUUCUGGAAGUGUACCAGUAAGCUAAAAUGUAAAUUUGCAGGCCUCUGGCUCGAUCCUUAAAAAAAAAAUCAAGAAAGCAAUUACAACAGGACAUAGUCCAAAGGAAAACAUACAUAACUGGUGUUGCACCUUUGCACACUGCUCAUGUAAUCUACCCCCAAUUUUUUAUCUGUUGUUUUGAUAUUGUGUCCUCUUGGCUUUGUGCAUCAUCUACAUCAGCAAAACACCCUGAGGCCACUUCCAGAAACAGCGAUUGUUGCAAUGAGAGAACAGAAAUCAAGCACAUUUUAUGUUAUAGCUUGUCACAUUUUUACCAAUGAAACUCAUGAUAACAAGAUACAGCUCUCUGUUCUGUCACAUCUUUUCUGCUGUAAACAAAGAAGACAUUCUAAUACAAGUGUGAGCAUGAACAAGUAAAACCGAUGACAGCGGGCAAAUACCCAGAAGUCAAUAAGCAGAAAACAAACAAUCCACUGCUGCUACCGGUGCCGGCUGCAGACUUUCCACUACAGUCCAUACAGGGACUAUCUUCUACACCCACCAGUCAGACCAAACCAGUUCAUGUCAGAGGAACAGCAAAACUUAAAACCCACACAGAAGAAAAUCAUUUAAAAAAA